AAUGGUUUUAUAAGUAUAUGCUUCAUUAAUUACAAGUACUACACACACCUCAACCAUGGCCUGCUCCAGCAAAUUUUUGUCUCUGCUUGAACUGCUCAGUUUUUGGUGUCUAGUGUCAUAUGUUCAAGCAAAGCCGAAUGCAGAAGCUAUGGCUCUUCUGAGAUGGAAAGAAACCCUCAAUCAAUCCUCUCUGCAGUCCUGGACCCUGGAGCUGAACAAUGGGAGCUUGACCAGCCAUAGCCAUAGCCACUGCAAGUGGUUUGGAAUUUCUUGCAACAAAGAUGGCAGCAUUACAUCAAUAAACCUACAAGGUGCACUCUUUGGAGGUAAUCUCAGUAACUUAGAUUUCUCGUCAUUUCCUAGCCUUGUUUCACUCAAUCUUAGUGACAACAAUCUUACAGAGCACAUUCCACCACAGCUUGGUAUGCUCUCAAAACUAGCCUACCUUAAUCUCUCAAUGAAUUAUCUUUCCGGUUUUCUUCCUGUUUCACUUGCUAACCUCACACAAAUUUCAUUACUCUACAUGGGAAAUAACAUGAUCAGUGGUGAGCUAAACCAACGUUUAUUCUCCAACUGGACUAAGCUUCAAUAUCUAGAGUUCCAGAACAACAAUUUCACAGGAAUGAUUCCACCAGAAAUUGGGCAUCUUACAAAUCUCAAAGAGCUAGCUUUGGCAAAUAAUCGAUUUCAUGGUGUGAUUCCUUCUGAAAUAGGAAAUCUCAAACGUUUAAAAGCUUUGGCUUUACAUGUCAACCAUCUUAGCGGUCCUGUCCCUCCAUCUUUUGGUAACCUGAGUGAGUUAACCACUUUGUUUUUACACCAGAAUGAACUUUCAGGACCCUUUCCUCGUAGUUUGCUCAGUUGCGAGAAGCUAGACGAUUUGCGGUUGUUUGACAAUCAACUCUCAGGUACAGUGCCUAAAGGGUUAGCAAAUCUCUCUCUAUAUGUAGUUCUUCUUAGUGGGAACAACUUCUCUGGUCCCUUGCCAGAAUUCUGUCAAAAAGCUCCACUUCAAAAAUUCACUGCAGCUCAUAACAACUUUAGAGGUCCAGUGCCGAAAAGCUUGAGAAACUGCACAAGCCUUGUUAGAGUUCGACUCCAAAAUAACCAACUCACAGGAAAUUUAGACCAAGACUUUGGGGUGUAUCCGAAUCUCAUUUACAUUGAAUUGAGCUACAACAGAUUGAAGGGGGUGCUUUCCCCUAACUGGGGUGGCUGCAAAAAUCUCACUCAGCUAAAGAUCUCUGGGAAUGCAAUCACCGGUAACAUUCCUGGUGAACUUGGCAAUUUGAAACAACUAGGUGUGCUUGACCUAUCUUCAAACCAGCUAGUUGGAGAGAUACCAAAAGAUUUGGGGAGAUUAUCGACUCUGAAUAACCUUAACUUGAGCAACAAUCAACUUUCCGGUCGGGUUCCCUGUGAGAUUGGAGGACUUUCCAGUCUUGACAAACUUGACCUUUCAGCCAACAAACUGAUGGGGCCUAUCCCACCACAACUUAUUAAAUGCCUGAAAUUGAAUAUCCUGCUGUUAUCUUCAAAUUACUUCAAUGGUUCUAUCCCAUUUCAGAUUGGCGAUCUUGCCUUGCAUGGUUCUCUUGAUCUUAGUCAAAAUUUACUUUCUGGCAAGAUACCUUCAGAGCUUGGAAAAUUGAUCAUGUUGGAAAAUUUGAACCUUUCACGCAAUAUGUUCUCUGGUUCCAUUCCUCCUUCAUUCAGCAAGAUGACUGCCUUAACUUCCAUUGAUUUUUCACACAAUAACUUGGAAGGUCCGGUUCCUGAUGGUGAGUUUUUUCGCCUUGCUCCACCAGAGACAUAUAGCUACAACAAACAUUUAUGCGGUGAUGCAAAAGAUUUGCCGCAUUGCAGAAUCACAUCACUGAAAAAUAGUACUCCCAGCAAAGACCACAAGGUAUUGAUCAUUUUCAGCACUUUUUUGUUUGGAGUACUUUCUUUUAUUUCUUUGGUGGCUGUCUCUUUCAUUUUCACACGAAGAUCGAAAGCGAGAAAGAAAGGGAAGGAUGCAACAGUCUCGAACAGCAGGAAUGUAUUUUCAUUAUUGAAUUAUGAUGGGAAGAUUGCAUACGAAGACAUCAUUGGAGCUACCAAUGAUUUUGAUGAUGAGUAUUGUAUAGGGAUGGGUGGAACUGGAAGAGUUUACAAAGCAGAAUUGCCAUCAGGACAAGCACUUGCUGUAAAGAAAAUUUGGUCCCUGGAUGAUGAGGAGGUCACAGAGGAAAGUUUUAGGAAUGAGAUUCAAGUGCUGGCAGAAAUCAGGCACAGGGACAUAGUGAAAUUUUAUGGAUUUUGUUCUCAUGGACCAAACAAGUUCCUUGUUUACGACUACAUUGACGGGGGAAACUUAAGGGAUGCCCUAAGCAAUGACAUACGAGCUGAGGAGUUAGACUGGAGCAAGCGGGUGGAAAUUGUGAGAAGCAUAGCAAAUGCUUUAUCCUACUUGCAUCAUGACUGCAGACCUCCAAUCAUUCAUCGAGAUAUAUCAAGCAAAAAUGUUCUAUUGGACAAUGAAUUCAAAGCCUACCUCUCCGAUUUCGGCACAGCCAGGUUUCUGAAGCCUAAUUCCUCAAACUGGACAGCAGUUGCCGGCACAUGCGGAUACAUUGCUCCAGAGCUAGCUUAUACAACGAGGAUGGCUGAAAAAUGUGAUGUCUAUAGCUUUGGUGUUCUAGCUCUCGAAAUGGUAAUGGGAAAGCAUCCAGAUGAGCUUAUAUCCACUCUGCAAUCAUCCACUGAUCAACAAGAGAUAGAGCUGAAGAAUUUGUUAGAUCCACGUCCGCCCCCUCCAGCAGCUCAAUGGAUUGAAAAGGAAGUGGUGUCUGUAGUGAUGCAAGCAUUUUCAUGCCUCAAGGUCAAUCCUAACUUUCGGCCAACCAUGCAUGAUGUUACCAAUGCACUCUCAAAAGCUCAAAGCCAUUUUUACUUGCCAUAGAGGGAGUUGCAGAUGUGUUUUUCGAUCAAGCUCAUCAUGAGAAACACAUAUUGUUAUCAUUAGGCAUGUUGUAUCUAUCAAGCAUAAAUUAGGAAAGUUCAUGCUCUACAUGUACAUUGUAUAUGUAUCACUUGUCUCCAUGCUUCAAAUUUCACAU